CACUGGUUCAUCCUAUGGAAUAGAUAACUCCUAUCUAUUUUAGGUCACAUGGUCAAAGGCCAAGGGUCAGUCCAUUCUGGAGAUAGAAGAUAUUGUCCACUCAACAUCUUGACUUGCAUUAGUUUGGUACUAUUAUCAAUUAAAUGAUGCAUGUGUAUAACCAUUUACAAUUUUGCACCACGUUGGGAGUGGGGGUAUUGUUGUAUUUUUGUAUUGUUUUACAAACAUUUCUUGUUUUCUUUAUUGUUUUGAUGGUAGCAUUUUAUGACUAGUUGAUGAAUAAACUCAAAAUAUGCACAGAUAGUCAGUACAGUAAAAACAGCGAUGUUUCUUACAGAUGUCAACUGCAUAGUCAUUGUAACAUAUUGACUAAAGUUUAAGCUCAAGGAAUUGAUUUGCUAAACUUUUUUGUAAAACCAUUAUGGUACUUAUUUGAUAAUGUGGUUUUCUGUUGUGAUAUACAGUACUAUAUGACUACAUAAUGAUUUUCUUCCAAUUCUUAGCAUUUGUACAUUAUGGAUUGUUUAGCACAAUCAUCAGUUAGCAAUUACUCUUUACAUCCAUGUUGGAUAUGUACAUGUAAUUUAAAUGGCAGUGGUCAUGACUAGUCAAAUUUAGUCACCUUACACAGUUAUGAUGCAUUAAGUAUAAAUCCUGCUAAAAGAAGUGUGCAUAUGCAAACUCACACACAUGAUGUUCGUCAUCCUUGAUUACUACUAUCUUGCUCCUUCAAGAUUACCUAUUCCAGUUGACAAUGAAGAGCGAGUCGACUCUCAGGUCCUUCAGGCCUUUGAUUUUAUGGAAAGACCUUUCAUUUCAUACUUUGAUAUAUGACCUUUUGAUCUUGACCUAUAUAGAACAGCAAGGUCAUGUUGGUCAUAAUGAUAUUUAGCCAUCCCCAAUUGUAACAGAAAUCUUUUUUAACACUGGCCAUUUGGGCCUCUGUAUCUGGACUGUUUACUAAAUUAGCUGGCCCAAAUCAGACAGAAAGAAUAAUUUUUUUUCAGUUUUGAAAAGAAAUUUGAAGAAAAAGAGUUAAAAAGUACAAUUUGACCUACUUAUAGGUUUAGUAAAAAUUAGUUCAAGGGUGUUAAAAACACUAUCUUUAUUGAUUCUGAUUAAAAUUAUUUCUCCAUUUCAAUGCAUGGAUAUAUAAUCUUAUUAUAAUAUGAUAUAACUGAAAGGCAGUGACAUGAUGAAAAACACAGGCCUGAUGGUCUUGUAUAUGUAAUACUUUUACAAGCCCAACCCCAAUUUAAGUGGACUUGGACUUCAGGCCAUGACUAAUAUUCAAAGACUGGAUUCCCAUGUUGUGUGAAUUCAAGUUUGAUUAUAUCGUGAUCCUUAUUGGUCCUCAGUACACAACUUCUGAGAUUCGAGAUAUCAGCUCUUCUGUGAUGGAGCACGAGUGAUAUUUUAAUCAAAGAAAAAUGAUUGUGGGAUGUUACAGAAGGUUGUGUAAAUGCCACCAGGACAGCUCUUCAAACUAUGCUCCUUCUAACACACCCAAUGCUAUGACAGCCGAUGGCAAUGGUGACAAGGAUGCUAUACUCAGACUCUGUGGUGACCUUUAUGAUCAAGAUGCAUCAAGGCUUCAGCUGAAAGUCAUUCGAUUUUUGGAGGAGCAGACCAGUGCAGAAUGUGCUUUUCUACUGCUUGUUGUCCCAGAGACACAAGACUUGUUUUGUCAAGUUAUAGGAGGACUUGUUCUAGAGGAAGAAGUCAAGUUUCCAGGCCAAAACAGUGUUUUUAGUUUGCCUUUAGAAUCGAAGAAACCUAUGAAAUUAGAAGAUGUACCAUUGGAUAAGAGGAAAGACAUAGAAAAUUUGGUAGGAGUGAAAUUAAAGUCCAUGUUAUGUGUUCCAGUAUCUAGCAGAAACAAUGAGGGUUUAAUAGCUUUAGCUUGUGUUGUGAAUAAAAAAGAGGCUGAAAAUUUUACAAAUGAUGACCUGCAGGCCAUUCUUCAGUGUUUCCAGUACACAUCGACAGUCUUAACAAGCACUCUAGCAUUUCAAAAUGAACGAAAGCUCAAACUUCACACUCAGGCUAUGCUACAAGUGGCCAGAAAUCUAUUCACUCAUUUAGGUGAGUUUACUGUGAGACACAGUGAGGAACUAGCUAGCUUUAAUUAUCUGGCAUAUUUUCUGGAAAAGUAUAAAGAACAAGUUUCAAUCCCAAAUAAAGUGAAAGGGCAAAGCAAGCACAAAAAUAGCAAUGGUUCUGCAAAAGCAUGUAAAUCAUUACCAUUAGCAGAUCAUAGAAAAAUUCAUGUAAAUACAUGUAAAAGUUCAUUAAACCCAAUGUCGGGAUCUUUGACAUAUUUUGCAAGCCAGUUCAUAACUGCUCCGAGAGAAAUUGUAGGCUCUCCAAAUUCUGAGCGUUCUCUCUCAGUUUCCUAUCAAAAAUCAAAUGCAAAAAGAAGAUACUUCAGUUCUGUUUAUACUGAAAAGGAAGAUUUUGACCUUUGUGCUAGAAAUGAAGAAUUUUCCCAGAGUUUGAAGAACAGAAUGGAAAACUCACAAUUACAUUCAGAUUGUAUUGACUCUGGUGAAAAAGAAAUAUCUGAAAAUGAGAAAAACCACUAUGAAGACAACGGUGAGGUCAUCCAAUCAGAUUUCAGAGGAAGUUUGAAUGGUGUGUGCAAUUCUUCAAGUUUUACAAAAACAGGAAGAACUGCAAAAUGUAAAAAGGGAAGCAAUGAAAAUGAUUCCUUCAUUGAUAACGAAUUCAUACAGCCUAAGGUGGACUUCUCCAUUAUUCCAUUACAACAGGAAUUGACCUUUAAAGAUCCUGAAUUAUUUGAGCAGAGAAAGAAAAACGAUCAAAAAGAAGGAAGAAAUGAAGUAGAGAUAAUGGACAGGAUUCAAGAACCAGUGAAAAAACUAUCACCAAAAACUGAUUACAUUGCCGCUGGGAAUGAUUCAUUGUUGAAUACCGUUAAACAUACCUCAACUGUUUCUGCCUCAAAUGCUAUGAGUGAAAGCAAAACAUUUACAGCUGAGGGUGAACAAUGUAGGGUUUGUGUGGAAAUUGAUGAUUUUAAAACUUGUGGUGAAUUGCAGCCAAAUGAAGAGGCACAACUUGCAACUUCUGGUAGCAGAUCUGAAAUGGAUGAAUCUUUCACUGAAGAGAGUUUGUUGGUCAAAUCUAGUUGUAAAUCAGGCAAUACUGGGUCUGGUUUGUCCUCUGCAUUUCAGUCAGAAGUUCUCAAGUUGGAAAACAAAUUUGAGAGACAUGAAAUAAGCAUCUCUGACCAAGUUUCAUAUAAAGAAGCUGUUACUAAAUUAGGUGGUGACAGUGAAUGCAGUGACUCGUGUCUGCCAGCUGUGUCACGGUUGCACAUUGCUGUGACAAAAGAUGAUGACUUUAAAGAAGGCAAUGAAAUGAGACAAAGUGGAAGUACAGAUAAAGGCAGUAUAUUCAUGAAUACCACUACACUUAAUGUUCCACCAGAAGAAAUGUCUCAAAAAUCUUUUCAUACUGCAGAAGAUGAUGCCAUGGAUAAUACAUCUGUGGGUUCACAAGGCGAUUUGGAACAAGAGUUUGACAUGGAUGAGAAGGAUGAAAAAUCAGAGGUGUUUUAUGAUACCCUUACUGAUAGAAGUAUUUUCAGCAGUAGUUCAGAACAGGGAAUGUGCAGAAGUAUAAAGGAGUCAACUCUUGAGUUAAAAUGGAGAGAGGUAAAGCUCUCGCACAGUGAACCAGCCAUAUCCAAUGUGAAAAAUGCCUUGACAGACUCGCAGUCACAAUUUAAAGACAGCAAACAUUGUUUAAAUUAUGCCUUCAUUGAAGAUGUGGAGCCCUUCAUAGAUCCACUCAUAAUUUCCUCCAACAAUCAGGAUUCUGUUGUCAGGGAUGUUGGUUUAAUAUGUUCCAGAUCUUCAAUUCCAGGAACGGAUAUAAAGAUUAUUGUAGAGGAUACUACUUCUUGUGAGACAAACAGCUUUUCACAUCAAAGAGUGCCAAAUAUUUCAACCUACUCCUCAGCUGAUAAGUGCUCUGAGAGGAGUUCAGGUUGUAGCUCAGACAAGCAUGACAAAGAUUUGGAGUAUAUCAAACACCUACAGCCUCCUGCCACAGAUGUUUGCAUUAUUACCAAGUAUGAUCUGACCAAACUUCUUAGAGAAAUUAUGCAAGAGGCAAGGAAUCUUACGCAGGCUGAAAGAUGUUCUGUAUUUUUGAUUGACAAAGAGACAAAAGAACUUGUGGCAGAGGUGUUUGAUGGGAUAUCUACCAACAGCAAAGAGGAGCAUAAUGAAAUCAGAAUGCCUAUAACUCAGGGAAUAGCAGGACAUGUUGCUACUACAGGCAAUUUGCUGAACAUCAAAGAUGCUUACUCCCACCCAAUGUUCUACAGAGGCAUAGAUGAUUCUACAGGAUUUAGAACAAGAAAUAUACUAUGCUUUCCAAUAAAGAAUGAAAAAGGGGAUGUCCUUGGUGUGGCCCAGCUCUGUAACAAGAAAACAGGACAGCACUUCACUGCGUUUGAUGAGGAUCUAGCCUCGGCAUUUGCUGUAUACUGCUGUAUAAGUAUUAGCCAUUGUCUUAUGUACAAGAAGCUUCAAGAUUCACAACACAGAAAUAGAUUAGCAAAUGAACUAAUGAUAUUUCAUAUGCAGAUUUCUCCUGAUGAUGUGGAAAAACUGCUCCUAAAUGACAUUCCCUCUGUGGCUAUUUGGGGAGUGGAAUUUGACAAAUUCUCAUUUCCUCCAAGGGAAAUUCCUGAUCUAGAGACACCAAUGUGUGUCUUGGCCAUGUUUGAAGAUCUUGGAUUUACAUCUAGGUGGAGGAUAAGAAAAGAUACUUUAGUUCGAUUUGUACUAAUGGUGAAGAAAGGCUACAGAAACCCCCCUUAUCAUAACUGGACACAUGCCUUUGCUGUGGCACAUUUCUGUUAUCUGUGCAUCACAAACCUGAAACUACAUCAGUGUUUAGAUGAUAUAGAGCUGUUUGCAUUAUUUGUGUCGUGCUUGUGUCAUGAUUUGGAUCAUCGGGGUACAAAUAAUCAGUAUCAGGUGGCUUCAAAAUCAGUGUUGGCUGCUCUGUAUAGCUCAGAAGGAUCUGUAAUGGAGAGACACCAUUUUGCACAAACAAUGUGUAUAGUAAACACUGAGGGCUGUAACAUAUUUGAGAACUUGAGUAGCAAGGAUUACACAACAGUGUUGGAUCUUGUCAGGGACAUCAUCCUCGCUACAGACCUUGCACACCAUCUGAAGAUUAUGAAUAGUCUCAAAGAGAUGGCUAAAGAUGGCUAUGACAGUAAAAAUGAGCGGCACCACUCCUUGUUGCUGUGUUUGCUGAUGACUGCCUCAGAUUUGUCUGACCAAACCAAACCCUGGGACAAUACCAAACAUGUAGCUGCAUUGAUAUAUAGAGAGUUUUUCUCCCAAGGAGAUAUGGAAAAAUCCCUGGGCCAGAAACCUUCUGAGAUGAUGGACAGAGAAAGAGCCAGGAUUCCAGAUCUACAGAUUGGAUUCUUGGAUCACAUUGCUCUCCCUGUAUACAAAGUAUUGGGAGAUUUAUUUCCUGCUGCUGGGAUUGUAAGAGACAUUGUGGUUGAUAAUCGCAGGCACUGGGAAAAGAUCUGUGCUCUGAUUAAGAUCCGAAGAGGAGGAAGCUGUGAACAGAUGAGCUAUGACCAGAUUCUGGCUAUGGAGGAAGAAGAAGCCAAUGCAGAAAUAGAGAAUUAUAAUUUACAGAACCAGAAACAGAAUGGGCGGUGACAGCAAUGACAGACUAUUGACAGUUUGAAAUUACUCUGUCAGAAAGCACACCAUUUAUUACUGCAGAACAUUUUAUACUACCAAGGGAAAUGUCUUGUUAGAUGAUACAAACUGUAAUUAAAACAUGUCAAAUCUCUUCAAACAAAUGACAGAUUAGAUAAAUUAUUUCAUCAUGUCUUAAAGGUUUUGACCUUGAUAAAAAAAAAAUCAUGUGAAUUAAUGCAUGUAUAGCAGAAUGUUGAUAAUUUUGUCUUAUGAGUAAAUUAUUUUAAGCACCUUAGCUAAAAAGAAAUCAAUUUGUUAGCAAAAUAGAAAUGUUCUGGCAGAUAAUUCAAAGUGAUAGUAAAAAACAUAUCAACAGAUUAGUUAGCUGUGAAUUGACAGGUAAUGAAAGCAAGACUUAAGAAUUCACUGUUAAUCAUAUCAAGUACCACAAUCUUCAAAGUCCAUUUUUUUCCCCUAUUUUUAAUUUUCUGUAUUUGCAAUAUUCUUUGAAAUGGUACAUUCAAAGUUUGAAAUAUCAAACUUUAAAUCUGUUGUCAAAAUUUCAUCACAGAUUUGUUAUUGUUAUGUUUUUAUAUAAGCUCACCAAAUGAUUAGUUUUGUUGUUAUAUUUUUUUUAUUAUUGAAUUUUCACUAUUAUAAUCCAGGUAUAAUUCACUGAAAACAAAACCAAAAUAAUGUGAAUUAAAUAUUGUGAAUACCUGUACAAGUUUGCUAAAGCAUAGUGUUAUGUAAUUAGAUUUUUAAGUAACGAAACAACAACCAACACUGAGGGGAAUAUCUCUUGCUACGCAACCACCAUUAACAUAAAAACCAAUGAUAUCAAGCAUUUGGUCAUCAAUUUCUAGUAUUAAGCAUGGAUUCUAGAGUACAUGUUUCCUGUGUUGAUUUUACAAGUUAACCACCAAACCUUUUGAGGGGUAAAUUUAUUGUUUUUUUGUGUUAUUUAUCUUGUGUAUUGUUUUAUUUAAAUCCAUUUUUUGUUGUUUUCCUGUUAUAAUUUUAUAAUUAUAUUUUAAAGACUACCAAUAUAGUUGCAAAGCACUUUGUGCUUCUGGCAUUAAAACGGAUUUUUAUUUUUAUCUCUCUUACAUAAUAAUCAAAGAACUCUCAUUCAAACAAUAAAUGUUUAGAGUUAUAUCUCUUAUGAACCCUCAAUAUUUCAUCAUUAUACAUAUAGUUUAUGAAUGAUAUAUAUUAUACGGUACUUGUAAUUUAGUGGAUGGAUAUUUUUAGAAUCAAAGGGAAAUUUAAAGGAUUUAUUAAAAAUGGUGCAAGUAUUUGCUCUAAUGCAAAAGUAAUAUAUACUUGUAUGUAUCUUUCUACUCAAGAUAUCUGUAGUAAGAAAAUGAAAUAAACUAUGUAUGCUAUUUAUUUUUUCAAAAUAUUUUAAGAUUACUUCAGAUAUUACAUGUAUGUAUGAAAAUAUUAAUGACAUUUUAUGAUAUUUAUAGUUUAACAAGGAAGAAAUUUUAAACGAAUUUAUAGGAAACACGUGUAUUGAUAUUAUGGAGUGUUUAUAUUUGUGUUUUUUAAAUAUAUUUAAUACUCUUAAAUGCUUGCUGAAAUCCCUUUAUAAGUCUUCUGUUUUUAUGGAGACUAGUAUCUGUGUCAAUUUUGCUGCUGUGAAUGACAUUUAACUUUACAUGCAUAAAUUGUAAGAUUCUCAUUUGCAUGAAGUACCCUAUUUUGUAUAUAUAAAUUUUGCUUUUCAAACUCUCCAUUUUUGUAAUUGAUGAUUGAGUUCUUAGUAUGUUGAGUUCUUGUACGUUAUUUUUAAGGGAAUGUUUCUCUUCCUGAUGUUACUUAUUAAAAUUUUAAAUACCUAGUGAAA